AUGCUCAACUCCUGUUGUGGCUCCUUCUGCUCUGACCAGGGCUGUGGCCAAGGUCCCUGCCAGGAGACCUGCUGCUGCCCCAGCUGCUGCCCGACCACCUUCUGCAGGAUCACCUGCUGCCGCCCCAGCUGCUGCGGGUCCAGCUGUUGCAGGCCCCAGUGUUGCCAGUCUAUGUGCUGCCAGCCAAGCUGCUAUCGCCCCAGCUACUGCAUCUCCAGCUAUUGCCUCCCAGCCUGCUACCAGAGCACCUGCUGCAGGACCACUUGCUGCCAUCCUUCUUGCUGUGUGUCCAGCUGCUGCUGCCCCAGCUGCUGUGUGUCCACCUGCUGCAGACCCCAGUGCUGCCAAUCUGUGUGCUGUCAGCCUGUUUGCUGCUGCCCAAGCUUCUGCAUUUCCAGCUGUUACCACCCAGUAUGUUGUCAGACCACCUGCUGCCGCCCCAGCUGUUGCCUGACUCUCUGUUGCCACCCAACCUGCUCUGGUGGUUCUUGCUGCUGA